GAAUUUUUUUUUAUUCAAUUUUUUGCCGCGAUUGAUUUGCAAGUGACAGCAAGGAUGUAAAUUCAACAAAAACACAAUGCCCGUGCUAAUUUAAACCCUGGAAAUACUAAAUAAUUGAAGAAUGAACAGCGUGUGCGGAAUUUGUUUUGAAAAAACCGAGGACUUAUUUCGUUUGAACAAUUCGUUCCUGGCGACUUGUGCAAAAUGUUUGAAGAGAUUGAAUAUUGGUAAUCAAUCAAUUAAUUUGACACAGGGGGCACAGCAGGAUUUUGCACAAGAACCUUCUGAACAGGAGUGUCCUAUUUGUGGCAAAUACUUUGCGAGGAGGUACUCGUUCAUGAACCACGUCAGGAAUCACAGUGCUGAGAGGAAACAUGUCUGUCGGUUUUGUCAAAAAGCAUUUACGCAAGCUGCUAAUUUGAGAAAUCAUGAACGGAUUCAUACGAAUGAAAGGCCUUACAGUUGUUCUGUUUGUCAGAAAGCGUUUACUCAGAUUACAAACUUGAAUAAUCACUUGAGACUUCACACAGGAGAAAGACCUUUCCAAUGUCCAGUCGAAGGUUGCAACAAGGCAUUUGCACAGGUUUUAGUCCUCAAUUCUGAAUUAAUUUUAAAAAUUCAAAAAUGGUUUGAUAGAUAA